GCAAAGGAAGGAAGGGCACUCCAGGAAUUCAGUGCGACAAGAUUUCAGCGCAUCCAGCAUCCGUUCAAAGGUCAGCUGGCGGCCGGCACAAGGCAGAGGGAGAAGGGUCAAGUGGCAGAUGACAGAGAGGGGUCCAGCAAGCGAGCAAUUCGGAACGUUUGCAAUCAAGCUCUGCUCGCUCGCCAGGCGUCUUUGAGUGGCAGACAGUCAGGCAGAUCGGGAUGAAGAUCUGCGAGUCUUUAGAGAGGCAGAGCGAGCGAGCAAAUGAGCGAACGAACGAGAGCUGGUGCGAGCCCUGCCCGCAACUCGGAGAUUGGGAUUCAAGACGAAGGGAAGGACUAAAGGGCCAAGAGGGAAAGGAAGAGAGAAGGAGAGGAAGCUCAAGGAGCUCUAGGUUCCAAGUCGACGUCCUGCUGGCCAAAUCAAGCAAGCUGUGCAGGUUGUACAAGAACGCACUCGCCCUUGUCAGCUUUGUCCUUUGCUCAUCGCUCUUCUUUCACUCUCAUCCUCACCCUCUCCUUACCUCCGUCUCUUCGUCUUGCUCUCCUGUCACUCCUGUCCUCCUGUCUACCUCUUCGUCUCUCUGGCGCCGAUCAAUUCGACCCUCUUGAGUUUUACUUGACAUUCCUCCUUUUGCAACCCCCCAUCUCUCGAG